UUGAAGCCAGGGGUGGGGCCCUAAAAUCUUGGGAUGCUAAACUGCGGACAGGGCUUAGAUGAAUAACCCUUGGCAGAAAGCACGUAUUGCGAGGUCAGCUUGUGCCAGGUCAUAAGACCAUGAUAACUUGGAAUCACAACAUUUAGGGUCCUGCCUGUGGGCUGGGCAGGGACAAGGGGGCCGAGCUUAGCAGGGAUAAAAGGACAUCGUUAAGCCCCGGUCUCCUUUUUUUCCCUUCUAACUGGGCAGUUGCUUUGCGAGGAGAGGGCCAGUCUGAGGGGGUGGAGGCAGGCAGCAUCUCAGCAGUGGCCAGGGAGACAGCCCAGGAGAGGCUAAGCAUAUCACCAAAGGACUAGAGGAGCCAGAUUAAUACCCCAAGACCAAGACUCCAGGAAUUGAGAGCUCAUCCACUUUAGAUCAGGGGCAGGAAGAAAGGGGAGGGGAGACAGGGUGGGAACUAGAGAGCAAAGGGAGAACUAGAUAGACUUUUAUUCCCGCUGGGAAUUCCUGCUGCAGGGCUCGUGCUUGGCUAGGGCGGUGGUGAGCUCUUUUAGGUACACAGAGGGGCUCGGGGUGAAAAGCGAGCAAUGGCCCUGGCAGGGUGUGUGCAGCCGGCCGACUGGAGUGGGGUAGAGGAGGGCCCCCAGCCAGCCCGGCCCAGCUUGACCUCCAUCUCUUCUGGGGAGCUGCGCAGCCUGUGGACCUGUGACUGCGAGCUGGCCCUGCUGCCCGUGCAGCAGCUGCUGCACAUGCAGCCCAGCUUCUUCCAGUUGCGGGGAGACCAGCUCCUGGUCCUGGGGCCUAGGCCUCAGGAGGCCCCACGUGGGGGGUUCAACGUCUUCUGCGACGGCUUCGUGCGCCUGGACCGUCAACUCUACAGAGUCAGCAACUACUUAAAGAGGUACGUGGAACUGAGCAACUUUUGUGAUUACAAAGACUACCGGGAAACCAUCUUGAGCAGACCGAUGCUGUUCUUUGUUAACGUCCAAGCAGAAGGAGACUCCUCAAAAGAAAAGACAUAUGCAUUUCUUGUGAAUACACGACACCCCAAGAUCAGAAGACAGAUUGAGCAUGGGAUGGAUACAGUCAUUUCCUCAGUGAUUGGAGAAAGCUACCGACUUCAGUUUAAUUUUCAAGAAGUGGUCAAGAAGUUUUUUCCUCCAGGAAAUGAAGUGGUUAAUGGAAAAGACUUGAAUUUUGUGUAUGAAUUCAAAGCUGAUGCCUUAUUUGAUUUCUUCUACUGGUUUGGCCUCAGCAAUACCACAGUUAAUGUUAAUGGGAAAAUCCUGAAUUUGUCUAGUACUAGCCCAGAAAAGAAGGAGACGAUAAAGUUAUUUCUGGAAAAAAUGAGUGAACCUCUCAUCAGAAGAAGCAGUUUCUCAGAUAGGAAAUUCAGUGUUACUUCCAGAGGCUCAAUAGAUGAUGUUUUUACCUGCAAUCUGUCACCUAGAUCAUCUUUGACGGAUCCUCUUCUAGCAGAAUUUCCAAUUUCAGCAGUCCUGGAAUCCGAAGAGAGACCCAACAAAUUUAUCCGAUUUGUGUAAAACUGUCAGAGUUUGUUUUCAAACUGAAAAGCAUGUGCCUAGACUUUGGGGUCACAGGUGGAGGUGGUGAUAAGAGAGGACCUUCCUCCACUUUUUAUUCUCUUUUCUUUCCUUAAGAGGGGUCAAUCCCUCUCCAUCCACCUGCAUUAGACCCCCAUAGGGGAGCUUUUUAAAAAAAAAAUUUCUACAGGAUGUGAUUAUCCAGCAGCUCGGACAGCUAACUCAUUUUAGGAAUGUGCUCACUAGAGCUGAAGGCAUUCUCCUUUAGGCCUGUGGGGGAAGCUGUGCUUUUGGCAACCACAGCCUGCUUUUCUACCUUGUGGCCGAACAACCAGGAACAUUUUCUAACUUGUUUUGUGUAAAUCAUCAGAGCUAGGGGCAUUCCUGCCAUGCCAGACAAAAAGAGCAGUGGGUUUGACCAGUGACUGGGAACAUUCCCACCUUAAUCUCAACCUAGCAGACUUAUGGUAACCACUAUAGCGAUUGGUGCCCUGGUCUUAUAAACCCAGGAGUGUGAUAAAUUCUUUAGCACCAAGAAAUGAGAGUUUGUCUUCCAUGUUGUUCAUGUAAAAUAUCCAAGCUGAUAUUCUUCUGGAGGGUUAGUUAGUUUGAUGGAGAAGGUAACUGUACCCGUCUGGAAUGUGAACUCCUCAGACUUUCCCAGGUUCAAAGUGACCUGGGUAGUCCGAGAGGUAGCAUAGUAAAGGGAGAGGAAUGUUGGGUUUGGAGAUGGAAGACCUGGGUUCAGGUCAUAACUCUGCUUCUUACUGUUUGUGUUGUGACUGUCUCUGAACCUCACUUUCCUCAUCUCUAAAGGGAGGAGGUUGGAUUAGGUGGCUUCUAAGAACCUUCCAGCUUGAAAUCCUAUGAAGCUGGGUGACAUCCAAUACAGAGCUAUGAAGGUAACGAAUACUUUAAUUUCCUCCUUCAUUCACAACAAUGCAUGAUUGCUAUUUUCGUACUUUGAAAGAGCUUGUAGCAAUCUAAAUAUUAGAAACUGAAAUGGAAGAAGAAUCAUCUUUACCACGAUGCUUUUUAACAGGAAAAACAAACAAAAAACCCAAACCAAACAAAAAAAAUUGCACUUUCUAGCCACCUUGAGACUUUCAAGAGUUAAGAUCAUUCCAAUCCAAUAAACAUUUAUUAAGCACCUACUAUGUGCCAGGUACUGUGCAAAGCACUAGGGAUACAAUUAAUAAAAAGAAACAGUCUUUGCCCUCAGGGAAGUUACAAAAGAGGGAGACAAUAGACAAAAGGAGGCAGGUAUUGGGGGGAGGGCAGGAAACAACAGGGGGCACUUGGUACAAAGGCAUCUUGUUCUAUAGAAUUAAAACCAGGCAGGGCCACAGAUGCAAAAUGGAGUGAUCUGACUUUCUGCCCUCUACAAAUGAAGACAUUGGGAGGAGUUUGGUACUCUGCCUUCUAGUCAGAGGGGAGAGAAGGAUGAGGGAAGCACUGUUCAUCAAGGCUUGAGUUAGCAGCACGGUGGUGAGAUUAGAAGGGAAGAGUAUCUUGGGAGGGACUUGAAACCAGGCAGAGCAGACGAUGCAACCAUCUUAAAGGUUAAAAAAAAAUCAUCAACAACUGCAUAGAUAAAUAUUGUUACAGAAGCUCCUAAUGAAAAAUGCUUGUGUUCAGGUCAUAAUUAUGUUUUAAAAAUUUUCUAUAAUCCAUUGGCUUUCUUUUGCCAAGUUGGACACUCUGGAUAACAUUACUGAUAGGAUUUUUUUGUUGUUGGUACUUUAAAUGCCCUCAUCUGAAUGCAAUUAAAUGAUUUUUCUUAGCACUUGAUAUGAUAACCAUUAAAUUGAUUGCCCUCCUUCCCAUUGGAUUGAUUAUUUAGCAAAUAUCUACUGAGUGCCUGUUACGGGCAAGGCAGUGUAUUGGUGACUAGCUUACUUACCCCUUCAGUGACUUGAUCAAGCUCCAUGUGUUUCUUUGUGGUUCUUGAACAGUUGGAGACCUUUGUGACUUGAUGGGAAAUUAAACAACCAGGAGAAACAUUUUUCCGAUAUGGGAUUAGCAGGUAGAAGCAAAAAAAGAUUUGGAACUCCAUGAUGAUGGGUCUUCAGGGGAAACUGAAAGAAAAUGGUAUAUAAUAACCAAAGGGGAUAAUUGCUCUUCACAGAAUUCUAAUGGAAUUGUACUUUCAUUUGUUUGCUGAAGUUUGAAGUCUUUAGUACUUGAGAAAAAAACAGAAGUUUCAAUUUAAUUCAACAAGCAUUUAUUAAGAACACAAAAAAAGAAUAUACUAUGUGCUGG